AUGAAGACUUAAGUAAGCCAAUAAAACACUCCUAAGUAAAUUCAAUUUGAUAAUGAAGAGCUGCAUCGAAAUAUUCAUACAAAGAAUCCUACUAAUAACGAACACCUCUUCGAUAGGAUAAUUUUUUGAAUCUUUACGAAAAAUAUUUGAAUUGUCAGGGAAGGAAAAGAUCUCAUUAAAUGGAUGAAGCUCGAAGCCCUUUACAAUAGUCUACUUCCCUACAUUAUUUAAAUAAAAAAAACGAUGUUGGUGUUCAUAGGUUUUCUCUCGAUAAUUUCAACUUGGAUAAGAGGUAGUGUAAUGUAUUAUUAUUAAUACGUAGUUCUAAAGGAUUAAAAUCAUAUCUCACAACCAUCAAUAGUUCAAAUAGCAUUCUAAAUUAAAAGGCCAACAAUUCCUACUUUCCAAACAGAAAUGACUCAAGUUAGGUUCGAUCUUAGACAGCUGAUGGCCAAAGUGUGUUGACAGAUGAAGUUGAUAAAAAACCAAUCAAGGACAAAUUCAUUAGUAUAAAUCUUAAUAAUCCUCAUAGUUGAUGUUGUGUGCAAAACUAAAAGGUUGGCUGAGAAGCUUCAAUAGAUGAACAAACAAAAUUAAAAGAUGAAGGAAUCAUAAAAUCUAGCAUUUCUAUUAAAAGGCCAUUAGCAGAAGAAAUAAUCAUUUACAUCAUCUGAUUUAAAGAAGGUUUUAGCGAAAACUAAAAUAAUUCUUGAAAAUUACAAAAGAGAGAAUAAACUAUUAAUCGAACAUAAUUUAUUUUUGAAUGAUGAAUUAUUAGAGUCACAAGAUUAACUCAGAUAAAAAAACGAAGAAAUCUAAAGAUUAAGACAAAUGCUAUAUUAACAAUGA